GUCCUCCGGAGGUCUCGGCUAGCUCACAGCCGGCGACCCGCGGGUCGCCGAGUCCGCAGCGCGCCACGUCCCACCCGAUACCGCACGCAUCGCGGCGUCGGCUUUGAGGGUGCAGAAUGAAGGCAGGCGGCGUGGGCACCAACCCUAGCCUGAGCUACGGGGCCGAGGCAGUGUCCCCGGCGUAGGCACCGUACCGUUCCCGGCCAGCGCACGCCGUGUCCUCCGCUCGCUUCCGGCCGGACCACGUGAUUGCGCGCACGUGUUCCGGCCCCUCCGAGCUGUGAUCUGGAGUCUCCUCCACACAGCGGGCGGAUGCCCAUCUAGAGGCAGAGCAGCCUUCGCCAUGAACCCCAGGGGCCUGUUCCAGGACUUCAACCCCAGUAAGUUCCUCAUUUAUGCCUGCUUGCUGCUCUUCUCCGUGCUGCUGCCCCUGCGUCUGGACGGCAUCAUCCAGUGGAGCUACUGGGCGGUCUUCGCCCCCAUCUGGCUGUGGAAGCUCCUGGUCAUCGUGGGCGCCUCGGUGGGUGCGGGCGUGUGGGCCCGCAACCCUCGCUACCGUACGGAGGGGGAAGCCUGUGUGGAAUUCAAAGCCAUGCUGAUCGCUGUGGGCAUCCACCUGCUGCUGCUCAUGUUUGAGAUUCUAGUCUGCGACCGGGUGGAGAGGGGAACCCACUUUUGGCUGCUGGUCUUCAUGCCACUCUUCUUCGUUUCCCCGGUGUCCGUGGCCGCCUGCGUCUGGGGCUUCCGACAUGACAGGUCUUUGGAACUGGAAAUCCUGUGCUCCGUCAACAUCCUGCAGUUUAUCUUCAUCGCUCUGAGGUUGGACAGGAUUAUCCACUGGCCGUGGCUGGUGGUAUUCGUGCCUCUGUGGAUCCUCAUGUCAUUCCUCUGCCUGGUGGUUCUCUAUUACAUCGUGUGGUCCCUCCUGUUCCUGCGGUCCCUGGAUGUGGUUGCAGAGCAGCGAAGAACACAUGUGACCAUGGCCAUCAGCUGGAUCACGAUUGUCGUGCCCCUGCUCACCUUUGAGGUCCUGCUAGUUCACAGACUGGAUGGCCACAAUACGUUCUCUUACAUUUCCAUAUUCACCCCUCUUUGGCUGUCAUUACUGACUUUGAUGGCCACGACGUUCAGGCGGAAAGGGGGCAAUCAUUGGUGGUUCGGUAUUCGCAGGGAUUUCUGUCAGUUUCUACUUGAGGUUUUCCCGUUUUUAAGAGAAUAUGGGAAUAUCUCUUACGAUCUCCAUCACGAAGACAGCGAAGAUGCUGAAGACGCGUCGGCGUUAGAAGCUCCGAAAAUUGCCCCAAUGUUUGGAAAGAAGGCCCGGGUAGUUAUAACACAGAGCCCUGGGAAAUACGUCCCUCCACCUCCCAAGUUAAACAUUGAUAUGCCAGACUAAACUCACAGGCUGGGCCUUAAAGUGAAAUAGGAACCGUAUACCCAUGAAUGCCACUUUGCUUUUUUCCCCCUGUGUUCAUCCAGCCCUGGAAUUGGAAACAGGCCCUCCUCAUUUUACACCCACUGUAAGACAGAAGGAAACCUCUUGCAGUGGUCAUUGUGUAGGCAGAAGCUGCAGCCUGUAGAAUUGGGGGGGGGGGUGUACAUAACGUGCAAGAGAGCUUGCUUUCCAGGUCCUCGUCGAGCUAGCCAAAGGCGGUAAAUAGAAUUGUUUCUAGGCCUUCCAAAGACCUGAAAACUACAUAGCUGUUUGUUUUAAAAGUGCUACCUAUGCCUACCAAAAGUAUUGUUUAAAAAGUAUUUUUAUAUACUGCUAGUCUAAAAUUGUAUAUCAGAUUGUGCCCAUUGUGACGUAAUGGUAAAUGUACCAAAUUCUCCCCCACCCCUGUUCCAUAAACCUCAUACAGUUGGUUUUUCUAGCACUCCUACUGUUCAAAUCGUCGUUUCCCUUGGGCUUUGCUGACACAGGUCUCUAGUGUUCUAAUAGAUGAAUUUUCUAAUGGAGUGACUCUGCAUAUAUUAGUACCUAUGUGAAUGUUUUAGCAGUGUUAUCUGUGUUGAAUUGUAGUUCUUGGCAGUAAUGUGUUGUGUUAAAGUAUUUUUUUUUAAGUUUCUGUGUGAAGAUACGUAUUUAUUGCAACUAUCCUUAAAGACUGAACGAGAUGCUAAUAUGUCCCUGACGUGGGACCCUGUCUGAGUCUAGGAAUGAAGGUCUGGUGUGGUAGAUAACAGGAGUGCUACAAUUUUUAAAGUGUGUGAUUGCACUCCCAGAGAAAAGGGGCACCACCACUCAGAACAGACACUGAGACAUGUCCAGUGUGGUGCCAGGCCACAAACACUGUCACUUAACACCUUGGCCUCUUCCUCACUGGUGGUAUCAUCUCUCCAGGAACAACCAAAAUACGCAACACACGGUUUGGCCAUUCCUAAGGUCUGUCAUAAUGUCAAGCAUUACUGUUGGGAUGCUGCGCGUGAUAACCAACAGUGCGAGGUCUUGUAAGGGCCGAUGUCCUUGGUCCAUCAAUAACAAAUAACAAAUGUUUAGGUAUUUUUAAAGAUGAGUACAGUGUUUCUUUAGGAGCUGAAGUCACCCCAGGAAAUCAAAACCAGAGGACAAAGCCAGAGCUCAGAAUAAGGUUCUGACUGGGAAGAAAUAAAUUCUUGGAAAUGGAAGUUAAAGUAACAUGGAGUACUCAUCAACGAGGAGAAGACCAGGGUGGGGCGGUUGUCAGCUUACUAAGGAUUACCGACAUCGGGUCCCAUGGGCGAUAGUGCCCCUUUGCUCUGGGUGUGGCAUGGUGUCCUGUCCUAUUUGAAGGGAAAGUCAGAUGCUGGUAAAUUGUGCGGUGCAAACAUGACCUGUGCUCACACCCCUGGCAGCCAUCCCCAGCAAGGAAAGCAGCAGGGACAGCUGGACUCCCAGGCUUUUAGCUAGCCAUUCUAAAACAUGGCGCUCCAGAUUGUGAGAGAGCCUGCCUCAGAAUGCAAGGUGGAGUGUCCACAUGAUGGUGGUAGGUAAAUGUGCCUGCCACCGAGGCUGAUGACCUAAGUUCCAGAUCUGGGAUCCACGUGAUGAAAGAGAACCAACUCUCAAGUCGUCCUCUGGCCAUCAGAUUCUAACAUAAAGUGACUGGGAAGAUGGUUCAGUGGUUAGGAGCCCUGGCUGUUCUUCCAGAGGGCCCACAGUUUGAUUCCCAGCACCCACAUGGUGGCUCACAACUGUAACUCCGAGGGGACCCAAUGCCCUCUUCUGGUCUGUGCAGGCAACAGACACACAGGUGAUGUACAGAUGUGUGUGUGUGAGAAGAGCACCCAGACACAUGAAGUUAGUUUUCUUUAAAACUUGGAGAGCAAUAAAGAAAGCCAUCUGACGUUCA